UACUGGGUGUGAGCAAGGUUCCUUGUUCAAGACACAUGUAACGUCAUUAGCACGGAGUAAUGAGUUGGAUUCUGUUUCCACAUGCAAAAGUGAUUGCUUUUGACAAACACUCUUUAUCUGCCGUCCCAAUGAAAAGUAGUUCGAAAAUGCAAACAUAUAUAUUUGAAGGAAAAUAGAUGUGUUUCUGGACGAUGCACAAUGCUGCCUUGUUGACGGCAUGACCGAGCGGCGAAGAUUAGUUUGAUUUGAGACGGUGCUCCUCCCUCCGUGGUUUAGCCAGUUCAAGUCACGGGCCUAAUAGACCGGUGCCGCGCGGCUCAUCAUACUCGAAUCCGCCAAAUGCCAUUAAUAUCAUGCUCUUUUGUGCUGCGGAAAACAUGAAAAUCAGUUGGACUUUAUGAAGGAUCUCUAUUGAUUGACUUACUACUUUUUUUUCAUGAAAGUACUUCUUUGUUUGGGCUACUAGGCGACUGCCUGGUCAAACACGAGGUAGAUUGAGGCACCUUCGCAGGGUUGUAUCUCCCACUUGUUGACAGCUACAGAGAAAGUCGAUAUUUUGUCGCAGCUGCAGAGAAUGUGAAGCUGUUGCCAUGUCAAUAUCCUCUCUAGAAGUGUUCUCUACGGAACCGUUCCUAAAUGGAACAUUCACAGCAGAAGGUUCCUCCUCUGGACCAUACACAGAACCCCACUCGGAGGACAACCUCAUCGCCAUGGGCGACAACAAUGUCACAGGGUCAGACUGCACCUAUAAGGAGGAUUUUAAGCGCUUCCUACUUCCUGCCAUCUACAGUGUGGUCUUCCUGAUUGGUCUGCCUCUGAAUGGAGUGGUCAUCCUGAAGAUCUGGAGGUCACGACCCAACCUGACCCGGAGCAACGUCUACAUGCUCAACCUGGCCACGGCUGACUUCCUGUAUGUGAUGUCACUACCUCUGCUCAUCUACAACUACGCCAGUCAUGACUACUGGCCCUUUGGAGAGCUGGCCUGCAAACUGGUCCGCUUUCAGUUCUACAGUAACCUGCAUGGCAGUAUCCUGUUCCUGACCUGCAUCAGCCUCCAGCGCUACGUGGGCAUCUGCCACCCUAUGGCCGGCUGGCACAAGCAGGGGGGUCGCAGGCUGGCACGGGUGGUCUGUGGGGGAGUGUGGCUGGUGGUCGCUGUCCUCUGUGCCCCCACGUUCCACUACGCCUCCACAGGAACACAACGCAACCGCACCGUCUGUUACGACCUGAGUCCACCGGAGCACUCGGCUGACUACUACCCCUAUGGGAUGGCUCUGACCUGCCUGGGCUUCCUGUUACCUUUUAUGGGCAUUGUGGCGUGCUACUGUCGCAUGGGUCGCCUCCUCUGCCGCCCGCCGUCCUAUCAGGGUGUUAACAUGGCCGCCUCAAUGGAGAAACGGGACAAGGCGGUGAAGAUGAUAAUCAUUGUGGUGACGGUGUUUGCUGUGAGCUUCCUGCCGUUCCACCUCACUAAAACCAUGUACCUGUUGGUACGAACCUUAUCAGAUGCUCCGUGUGCGACACGGAACCUGUUCUCAGUGAUCUACAAGUGCACCAGGCCGUUCGCCAGCAUGAACAGCGUUCUAGAUCCUAUACUGUUCUAUUUCACACAGCCGCGGUUCCGCAGGAGCACCAGAAUACUGGUCACCAAGAUCACCACUCUCAGAGACAGGGAACCAAGAUGUGAGAAAGUGAAAAACCUCACCAAGAACCCUUGAUUAUUUAGAAUCCAUGUUUAACUCGAAGCUCAUUCAAUGGUAAACUCACUUUGAAACAAAAUAACUAAGGUGUGUGUGUGUGGUGUGUGUGUGUGUGAGAAACAUCCAUAGUCCACAGUUGUAUUACACCUAGAUACAUGGGUUUUGGGUACUUAGAACCCAUCCAGAACCCUCAUUGACUUCUGCUCUGCCAGCAUGGGAACAAGCCAGUGUGUUUGCUAAAAUGCAUGAAGUAGUCAGCCACAACACUGCGUUUGGUUGCCAUAGUAUUAUGUAAUGCAUCCUGUAUGUCUGUUUACUAUAUGAGCCACUAGGUGGCGUGUGUUACCUACAUGUCCCAUGGCCUUAAAGGAAUAAUCCACCCCAAACCACAAAUUCCUAUGAUUAACAGUGUAUUAACACUAAUAUAAGAAAACAAUAUACACUGCUCAAAAAAAUAAAGGGAACACUAAAAUAACACAUCCUAGAUCUGAAUGAAUGAAAUAUUCUUAUUAAAUACUUUUUUCUUUACGUAGUUGAAUGUGCUGACAACAAAAUCACACAAAUUAUCAAUGGAAAUCAAAUGUAUCAACCCAUGGAGGUCUGGAUUUGGAGUCACACUCAAAAUCAAAGUGGAAAACCACACUACAGGCUGAUCCAACUUUGAUGUAAUGUCCUUAAAACAAGUCAAAAUGAGGCUCAGUAGUGUGUGUGGCCUCCACGUGCCUGUAUGACCUUCCUACAACGCCUGGGCAUGCGCUUGAUGAGCAUGCCGGGCCAGUCCAUAGCACGGGCGGGCCAGUCCAUAGCACGGGCGGGCCAGUCCAUAGCAUCAAUGCCUUCCUCUUGCAGGAACUGCUGACACACUCCAGCCACAUGAGGUCUAGCAUUGUCUUGCAGUAGGAGGAACCCAAGGCCAACUACACCAGCAUAUGGUCUCACAAGGGGUCUGAGGAUCUCAUCUCGGUACCUAAUGGCAGUCAGGCUACCUCUGGCGAGCACAUGGAGGGCUGUGCGCCCCCCCCCAAAGAAAUGCCACCGCACACCAUGACUGACCCACCGCCAAACCGGUCAUGCUGGAGGAUGUUGCAGGCAACAGAACGUUCUCCACGGCGUCUCCAGACUGUCACGUCUGUCACGUGCUCAGUGUGAACCUGCUUUCAUCUGUGAAGAGCACAAGGGCGCCAGUGGUGAAUUUGCCAAUCUUGGUGUUCUCUGGCAAAUGCCAAACGUCCUGCAUGGUGUUGGGCUGUAACCACGGACCCUCAUACCACCCUCAUGGAGUCUGUUUCUGACCGUUUGAGCAGACAUGCACAUUUGUGCCCUGCUGGAGAUCAUUUUGCAUGGCUCUGGCAGUGCUUCUCCUUACACAAAGGUGGAGGUAGCGGUCCUGCUGCUGGGUUGUUGCCCUCCUACGGCCUCCUCCACGUCUCCUGAUGUACUGGCCUGUCUCCUGGUAGCGCCUCCAUGCCCUGGACACUACGCUGACAGACACAGCAAACCUUCUUGCCACAUCUCGCAUUGAUGUGCCAUCCUGGAUGAGCUGCACUACCUGAGCCACUUGUGUGGGUUGUAGACUCCGUCUCAUUCUACCACUAGAGUGAAAGCACCACCAGCAUUCAAAAGUGACCAAAACAUCAGCCAGGAAGCAUAGGAACUGAGAAGUGGUCUGUGGUUACCACCUGCAGAACCACUCCUUUAUUGGGGGUGUCUUGCUAAAUGCCUAUAAUUUCCACCUGUUGUCUAUUCCAUUUACACAACAGCAUGUGAAAUGUAUUGUCAAUCAGUGUUGCUUCCUAAGUGGACAGUUUGAUUUCACAGAAGUGUGAUUGACUUGGAGUUACAUUGUGUUGUUUAAGUGUUCCCUUUUUGAGCAGUGUAUAUAUAUAUUUUUUUUUUUGGGAACAAAUAUUUCAGUUUUAGCUAUUUGAAAAUCGAUGUGGAAUCUUUUGCAGCUCAAGUCAACUACAAAAACAUGCAAUGCUCUCUUCCUGGGCUAGCUAGCAAACGUGGCUACACACAACAAUAGCAAAGUCAAUAUCAGCAUGUAAAGUAGCUAGUUGGCUGUAAAAUCACCUAAUAAAACUACUAUCAAUUUAGGAGUAUAUCUCACUGUUCAGUUUGCAGUUCCUCUCUGCCCAGAGUGAGUACAGAAUACGUUGUUAUGGCAACAAUGAUCCAUUGUUUCAACAAUGGUCCACGUUUCCCCACAGACACACAGUACGCAUUGCAAGAUGGUACUUGAAGGACAAAACUGAGUUGAAUAAAUUGGUACAGUGUUUUAGAUUGCGCAUAUCUAUGUGAAAUGUGUACUUUGUCAUGAUAUUUGCCCGAAAAGCCGGUCUUUGGAGGAUAUAUUGACACGGGUGUUGUUAGGCCCGAGACACUGGCUAUGGGGGAAUUAUUGAAACAAUGUUGCAAAUAUCGGAGAUACAGACAGCGAGGUUUAUACACAUCUCCGCUGUUGAAAACUAAAUGUUAGUCUAAAAGAGAUGUGAGAUAAUGUCUAAAUGCUUUUUUAUAGUGGAGCUCAAGUUUAUACAUUUCCUGGCUGGGUGGAUGAGACAGUGGAUUGCGCAGUGAGAUGGAACAGAGUAAAUCGGCAUUUUAACGUCAUAGAUUUAGCCAGUGGUAAUUUGCGGAAUAGACACCGACUGGAAUGCGGUUUUAACCAAUCAGCACUCAGGAUUAGACCCAUCCGUUAUAUAUGUAAAUAGGUGGAUGCGUUCUAGACAAGUACGCCCAUACUGUAUUGGCCGAUUUGGUGAUCUGGAGUGCAGGUAAUUGUUUUUAGAAGCUUUUAUGAAACGUGAUGAGAACCAUCUAGCUAUGACUCGUUCCUACACGAUUUCCUGAUUUCACAGACUGACCACUUCCAAGUUAAAUCACUAGGAAAUGUUUUAUUUGACCUACCGUUAGAACACAUGCUUUCACCAAAUUGACCAGAGUUUCAUAAAAAUAUAUAUAUAUAUUCUGGGGUUGGAUUAUCCUUUUGAAAUGGACUGUCUGUUUCGACUGUGGUGUGCUGUUUCUUGUGUGUACUGUACCUUUCCUAUCUAAUAGGUAUUUAGACAUUUUAAAAGUGAGAAUGUCCGAGACAAACAUUUUAAAUGUCUUGAAAUAAGCACUUGUAUGCAUGACAACGUGUCCCUGGCAUGUAGAUGGAUACUGAUGCUUUGUGGUCUACUUCACUGCUCAAUAGUUUUGCCACUACAUGAUGAGGUCUAGUUUUAUUUUAGUUAAAUGUUGCUUAAUGUGUUUUUGUUGUUCUGUUAUUUUUUUUCAAACCAUGGCCUUGUACAUAAGUCUCCAAGAGAAUAUCACAGGACUGACAGAUCCGUUGUUGUUCCUGUGUGUAUCAGCUACAGAAGAUUGGAUUACUCAAUACCACAAAUUAUUGGCUUGUUUUGGUCAAAUGUGAGUGACAGCUGAUGUUUUUGUUCCUAAGUCUGUCUGGAAUGUUUGUGCGUGCCUUAGUGUGUGUGAGUGUGUUGUGUUUGUUUAACCUCUUCCUUAGCUUAAGGCCCUUAAUGAAGUGAUAUGUUUUAUAUGUGGGGCACAUGUCUGUAUGGGUCUAAUAGGAACCAAGGUAGAUGUCAGAUGCUCUUCUUGGAGCGGAUAUAUUUCAGUCAGUGUAUUCUUCUUUUUUUUGUUUUACAGUGAAGUCUUAUUUUUAUAACAUAAAGAGAACUUGAAUUAUAUUUUUGUUACAAAAUUAGUUUUAUUUCUUCACUUAUGUUACUACAUGUAUUUAUUAGUUGUGCUGUUUCAUACAUGCUCAUGCCUCUGCUUUGUAGAUGGCCUCUCCAAUUAACAAGCCUGUUGACACUGUAAUAAACUUGCUGUUGUCAAUAAAGAUUACAUGUAUCAACCAAA